AUGGCGCAAGCGCCUAUGAUAUCUAGUCCGCUCAAGCAGACCAACGAGAUCGACUGGAUCGCGCCGCUGAAGGGCUACAUACGGCAGACGUACGGCGAUGAUCCGGAGCGGUAUGCCGAGGAAUGCGCGACGCUGAACAGGCUGCGUCAGGAUAUGCGAGGUGCUGGGAAGGACAGUGCUGCCGGACGGGACCUGCUAUACAGAUACUACGGACAGCUGGAGCUACUGGACCUGAGAUUUCCGGUAGAUGAAAACCAUAUUAAGAUCUCCUUCACAUGGUUCGAUGCAUUCACCCACAAGCCGACCUCGCAAUACUCCCUGGCCUACGAGAAGGCCUCCAUCAUCUUCAACAUAUCCGCCGUCCUGUCCUGCCAUGCCGCGAAUCAGGAUCGCCAUGAAGACACCGGACUCAAAACUGCCUACCACUCCUUCCAGGCCUCGGCCGGCAUGUUCACCUACAUCAAUGACAACUUUCUCCACGCUCCUUCCACAGACUUAAGCCGAGACACAGUCAAGACGUUGAUUGCGAUAAUGCUAGCCCAGGGCCAGGAAGUGUUCCUAGAAAAGCAGAUUGCAGACGGCAAAAAGGUCGGCCUCCUAGCGAAGCUUGCUAGCCAAGCAGCCUUCCUGUACGCACAGGCGGUCGAAGGUGUGCAAGACAACGUGAACAAGGCGAUUUUCGAGAAGGUGUGGUUGUUGGUCACGCAAAUCAAGUCGAAUUACAUCUCUUCUUUGGCUCAGUACUAUCAGGCACUAGCGGAUGAUGACGCCAACGCUCAUGGAACAGCGAUUUGCAGGCUACAAGUAGCUGAAGGACUGGCCCGCGAUGCCAACAGGAUCGCCAACACCUUUCCAGCAUCAGUCCCCUCGAAUUCCAACCUAAGUUCAGAAACAGGUACGGUACUCGCAGACAUGACGAAGCGGCAUUACGCGAUCUGCCAAGAGAAGACUGCAGAGUUCAUCAAGGACAACGACUUCAUCUACCACCAGCCGAUACCAGGCGAGGCAGCACUUUCCGCAAUACCCAAGCUUCCCGCCGCAAAGGCAAUACCUGUCAGCGAGCUGUAUCAAGGCCAGGAUGUGGGGAGGAUAAUAGGACCGGACAUUUUCCAGAAGAUUGUCCCAAUGUCCGUGACCGAGUCCGCUAGUCUCUACGAUGAAGAGAAAGCGAAGCUGAUCCGGGCUGAGAGCGAGCGGGUGGAGAUUGCCAACGAUGAGAUGGCAGCGAGUCUCGACUAUCUCAAGCUUCCAGAUAGCCUGAACGUCCUCAAAGGGGGGAUGGAUCAGGAGAUGACCGUCGACGAUGAAUUCCACAAAUGGUGCCAGGAACUUGCGGGACAUGCGCCGUUCACCAAUGCAUUCGAUCAGCUCAAUGCGGACAAGUCGAGUAUCACAAGUAUACUGGACCAGUGUAUGAAGUCCUUGGAUCAGGAAGAGAGUGUCUGCGAGAAGAUGCGGUCGAAGUACGGUGCGGCGUGGACGCAGCAGCCGAGUUCCAGACUCACAGCAACCCUCCGGAGUGACAUAAGGAAUUAUCGAGCUGCUGUUGAGGAGGCCAGCACAAGUGAUGCGCAGCUAUACAGCACGUUCAGACAAUACGAAUCGGAUUUCGACGAGAUGCGAUCCGCAGGGGAGACAGAUGAAGCUGAUGUACUGUACCAGAGGGCUAUGAUAAAAGCUGGUGCGGGCCGGGGCAAAGGCAAGGGUGGGGCAGGCAGUGCGAGCCCUGGUGGGGAAGGCAACCUGUUAGGAGACGACUUCGACGACGGGCCAAGUGUAGCAGAUCAAAUUGCGCGCGUCGAAGAGCUGUUGCGGAAGCUCAAUCUCAUCAAGCGGGAGCGCGCGCAGGUCUUGAAGGAUCUGAAGGAGAAGGUUCACAACGACGACAUCUCGAAUGUCCUGAUCCUAAAUAAAAAGACCAACCAAGAACAGCAGCUAUUCAAGGCUGAGCUCGACAAGUUCCGACCCCACCAAACCCGCCUCCUGCAAGCGAACCACAAGCAAACCUCUCUCAUGAAAGAGCUCACCCGCACCUACAGCGACCUCCUCCAGGACAAACGCGUACGUGCCGAGCAGAGCAAAUACGAAGCCUUUUCGCGCCAGCGCAACUCCGUAAUGACCAAAUACCGUAAAGUGUACCACGCCUUUAACGACCUCAUAGCUGGUCUUCAGCGCGCGCAGGGCUUCUACUCAGAAAUGAAAGACACAGUCGAGAGUCUUCAGAAGAACGUCGAGACAUUUGUCAACAACCGCCGCUCCGAGGGCGGCCAGCUGCUAACCGCGAUCGAGAACUCCAAGAAGGCGAGCGGCAACGCGCAGGCGGACCUGGAGCACGAGAGGCUUCAGCGACUGAUGGAGCGCAUGUCAACCGAUCCGUCGAGUUCCCCGACCUCUCCGCAGCGCAUCAAACAGGAAGCUAGACCCCCACCGCUCCAGCAGCAACAAAGGGAAUCCUACCAGCCGGCCUACAACACCGCCGCCUCACCACCAGCAACGCCCCGCUACCCCAUCUCAAGUCAAUACGGCAUGCAAUCUCUCCCACCACAAGCAUACCCCCACCAAGCCCCCCCCACAAACGGCUCCUUCCAGCAGUUCAGCCCCCCACCUCGCCAACGCGAAUCCUACGCCACCCCCUCCUCCUCCUCCCAGCCCUACAACCCCAACACCUACGGCCCGGUCUCCCCGCCCGCGACACAGCAGUACUUCUCCCCACCACCGGGCCAGUACCACACUGCCCAGCAACAGCAACAGCAGCAGCCACAACACCACUCCCAGCACUUCUCAGGCAUCCCGCCAGGCUACGUGCCCCCGCCUCCACCGCCGGGUCCGCCGCCAGGCCAGCUCGACUUCUCGGGCUUGACGGCAGGCGCGUAUCCGGCUGGUCCCGGGGGGUAUGCGCAGAAUGCGAGGCAGGGAAGGGGAAGCUCGCAGUAUCAGCAGGGCGGGCAGCAGGGGCAGGGGGAUCCGUGGGCCGGGCUGAGCGGGUGGAAGUAG